UCCUGUCUUCUGUAUUUUGAACCAACAUAGCUCAGUACUCGAAGCGGACUGCUGAAGCGCGCAUCGGUUCACAGCAAUACAUCUGUUGGCCUACACUAAAUUUUGACGACCUCAGGCUAUAUAAAGUCUGCAGUAAGACUUGAAUUUUGGCGCUGGACAAUCGUUUUUAUUCCUGAAUAUCUCUGGAUUGGACAGGGACUGGUAAAACAGCAAUGAACAACGGCGUUUACACACACCAAAAGCUAUGAGUACACAUAGCACGAGUGGCUUGCCCAGUACAUACAAUAAGUGAAGGAAAUACGAGGACUUGGUGUGACUUGUGUUUCUAUCAUAGUCUGCUUUCCUCCACCCCGCCCUCAUGGUGGUUGGCUCCAGACGUCAGUGGAUGAGUGGUCCUAAAUGGGAGCACAUAUAGACAGAGCCAGCCUGUUACUAUGGCUGCUUAUGCUCUGAACAGCUUGAUCAUGAUGAACUCCAAUAACCUGGCUGAUAAGAGCACAUCUCGGACUGGGAGGCCUGUGCUACCUGUGCCAGAUCGCACCACCUACUGCCCACUGCUGGGGGGCACCAGUGGUCCCUACAGUCCCAGCAGCUUGAUUCCUGGUUCUUCUGGGACUGCUUUUGUUUUCCCGCCUGGCAGCCCCAGGCCAUUCUGUCCGCCAGACCUGCUGGGGGUGAACGUGGGGAGCCGGGUGCGCCGUCUGAGCAACUCUUGCCCGGGUGAGGAGCAGGAGGAAAGUGGGCAGCAUGCUGUUCAGCAGCUCCAGCGCAGCGUGGAGCUCCAGAAUGUGGAGGUGAACAAGAAGGUGAACCUGUUUGAGGCGCACAUCUCUGCGCAGGCCCAAAGCAGGGACAUCCAGUGCAGCCCCCGGCCUCACAGAAGACCCAGCCCAAACAGUGACCCUUGCCCUCAGCCAGACAAGACUCCUCUGCUCCCUGACUCGAACCUGUUGGAGUCCCAGAGCCAAGGCCACCUUACUGGAAUCCCAAAAGAGUUGCAGAAUGGGAAGAAGUGUAGUGGGCAGGAAAGUAGUGGAGAGGAAAAUAACAUGGUCAAUUUAAAUAUGGACGAUGGUGUCUCGCGUAGUCGGGCUAACAGACUGUCCUGCAUCUCAGGAGAGACUGUCAUCUCACUGGCCACCCCUGAGCAUGUGGACAUGUGGGCUGGGACACACCCAGCAAAUGAUAAACUGAUGGAAGUACAGCCUCAAGUGGAAGCUGAGGGGAGCUAUGUGGAGAUGGGUGCCAUCCCUGCCGUAAUAGUGACUGACCACGGCAUGGAGGCCAGUGGAGAGGGCCAGGAGCCUGAGGUGAGCCCACAGCCUUCCCGAGCCGGGCUGCGUAAGCUCUCCUCUUCAUCAGCCUCUUCAGCAGGCUUCUCCUCCUCCUGGGAGGAAUCAGAGGAUGACAUUUCCAGUGACCCAGAACGUACACCAGCCUUCUUGCAGACGCAGCAAAAAGCGCAUAAAUCAUGGAAGAAGAUCAAGAACAUUGUGCACUGGUCACCUUUCAUGAUGUCCUUCAAAAAGAAGUACCCUUGGAUCCAGCUUGCUGGGCAUGCAGGCAGUUUCAAGGCAGGAGCCAAUGGGCGAAUUCUGAAGAAGCACUGUGAGUGUGAACAGCGCUGUCUCGACUGGCUGAUGAAGGAUGCACUCAAGCCAUAUGUGCCAGCCUACCAUGGUGAUGUGGAGAAGGAUGGUGAGAAGUACAACCAAAUGGAUGACCUGUUAGCUGAGUUUGACCUGCCGUGUGUCAUGGACUGCAAGAUGGGUGUGAGGACAUAUCUGGAGGAGGAGCUGACAAAGGCCAGAAGGAAACCCACUCUGAGGAGUGAUAUGUACCAGAAGAUGAUUGAGGUGGAUCCAGACGCACCCACUCCUGUGGAACAUGAGCAGAAAGCAGUUACUAAACCUCGCUAUAUGCAGUGGAGAGAGACCAUCAGUUCUACUGCUACACUAGGCUUCCGCAUUGAGGGAAUCAAGAAGGAAGAUGGAACAGUGAACAGAGACUUUAAAAAGACAAAGAGUCGUGAACAAGUCACAGAAGCAUUCUUUGACUUUGUCAAGGGGAAUCUAAAUAUCUUGAAUUCUUAUCUCAUCCGGCUAAAGGAACUCAGGGACACUCUGGAAAAGUCGCCGUUUUUCAAGACACAUGAGGUGAUUGGCAGUUCUCUUCUCUUUGUCCAUGAUAAGCGGGAGCAGGCAAAAGUGUGGAUGAUUGACUUUGGCAAAACUACUCCGCUUCCCGAGGGUCAGACACUGAGCCAUCGGGCCGUCUGGGUAGAGGGCACUCGGGAGGACGGCUACCUAUGGGGUCUGGAAAACCUUAUAGACAUUAUCAGCCACAUGGUGGAGCCAAAGCCCCUUUAGAAAGAGCAGGUCUCUGUUUUCACUGUCUGUCUCUACUCCCUCUGGGUAGGCUGCACUACAGUACAGGGGUACCAUACAAAGCUACCCCACUAUAUCCCCAAAUGUGUCUUGUGCAUCUGUGUAUAGAUACAGAUGCUGUACAUAUAGUAUAAAGACUGUAAAAUAUGUUUUUAAUACAAGAGGUGUUUUAAGUUGGUGGUCUGUAGCUAGUGCUUUGUUAAUGCAUACCUGAAUAUCACAUUCUUUUUUCAUCCUUCAGUGUGAGUUGUUUUAAUAAUGGAAGUGUUACAGUUGUUUGAAUAAUGGUAAUGUUACAGUGUCAAGCAUUUGUGCCCUCUGCUUACUGAUGGAAUUCUGAAUAAGACAUAUAUGGACUUCACCUUGUACCAAACCAAAAGAUGUUGGAGAAAAGUUCCUUAUUUUAGACUGAGACACCCAAUAUAUUUUGAAUUUUCAAAAGUUUGUUGUGUAAUUAUUUUAGCUAUAGCAGGCUCAUCUGUACACAUCUAAACUUCCAGGUUUAUAACUAGAAUUUCAUUCAGAUAAGUUCUAUUUUUAAUUUGGAACAUUUUGUUAAUUUUUAUUUUAUAUCCAUUAUAAUGUAGUUCUUACCUAUGUAUGAUAACUGAUGAUCUUCGUAGUGUUUUGCCUGUUGUGAAUGCCUUUUGUAGAACAAGAGACUGUACCAUCAGAGAAUAAGAGGUGGAGAGGUUUGGACUGUGGUUUUAUUCCUAGCUGGUUUCUGCAGUUAAUUUCCAGUUGUAAGUUGAGAGUAUGCACAGAUCUAUUGGUAUAUCCAGGAACAGAGCCCUAACACAGACACACAAACACAUGCAUGCACUCACGCGUGCGCAUACACACACACACACACACACACACA